AUGAAAGAUCUUGGAAAAACCAAAUUUUGUCUUGGAUUACAAAUUGAACACCUAAAGGAUGGAAUCCUUGUUCACCAAUCCAAUUAUGCCGAGAAAGUGCUAAAAAGGUUCUAUAUGGACAAAUCACAUCCGUUGAGUUCACCUAUGGUUGUUCGUCGCUUAAAAAUUGAUGAAGAUCCUUUCCGCCCUAUGGAAGAAGGUGAGGAUAUACUCGGUCCCGAAGUACCAUACUUAAGUGCCAUUGGAGCCUUAAUGUACUUAGCCAUCAAUACUAGACCAGACAUUGCAUUCUCGAUCAAUUUAUUAGCUAGAUACAGCUCCGAACCUACAAACAGGCACUGGAGUGGAGUGAAACACUUACUCCGCUAUAUACGCGGGACAACGGAUAUAGGAUUAUUCUAUCCACGAGACGGAAAUCCUACCCUUGUAGGAUAUGCUGACGCAGGUUACCUGUCAGAUCCAGUCAAGGCCAAAUCGUAA